UCGCACGGCGGCUGGAAAACCCCAAAAGCGAGUAAAACAAGAUCUGCUCGUUCGGAGAGUGCACGACGCGCGGACCAACCUCCUUUUGGCAACCUCUCUUCAGUUCAGAAUCAACGGCUAAGAGGCCCUGUGCGAGAACAGUCGCGUCCACGGAGGGGAAUUUGGACCUUCAAGGGAGGUAGGAGAGGCUCGCGGCUAGGCGGUGCCUUUUGCCUGAAGAGACGGCUUGCUGUCCGCUGAGCCAAAUGAAGCUGUUCGCCUGCACCUUACUGCUCCUCUCGGCUGCUCUUUGCGCCCUGUCAGGUGUGGCGGAAGGCACGACGCAGAGGAUCAGCGAGCAGAAGUGCCAAGAGUUUUUAGAGCGUGUUUCUCGUCCGCUCACAUUUCUGCCGCUCACUGCUGAAGGCACCCCAGUAGUUGUAAAGGUGUCAGACUGUGAGGUCAACAAUGUGCAGCUCAUUGUCGGCGGCGAAGAAGCCAAGCUCGGCGAAUUUCCGUACAUGGCGGCCCUGGGCUACGGGGAGGGCGAGCCGGAGUGGAAAUGCGGAGGCAGCCUCAUUAGCGAGCGCUAUGUACUCACUGCGGCGCACUGCAUCGGCCAGGACAGGCCGCGAGUGGUGCGACUCGGCGAGCACGACCUCUCGACCAGCGAUGACGGCGCCUCGCCCGUCGACUACAGAGUGCAAUCGGUGAUCGUGCACCCUGAUUACUCCCCGCCGUCCAAGUACAACGACCUUGCCCUGAUCAGGCUGGCAAACGACGUCAGAUUCACUCAAAAGAUCAGACCGGCCUGCUUGAACACGGAGUCGCCCUACGGAGGCAGCAUGGUCAUAGCCUCUGGCUGGGGCAAAGUUGGAUUCACCGAGUCGCAGAGCCCAAAGCUACUGAAAGUGGCAUUCCCAAUUGUGCGUGAGCAAGUGUGCACCGACCUGUGGGCCAACACCAUCAAGGUUUCCCCCGCGACCCUCCCGCGCGGCAUAGACCACGAGAUCAUGAUAUGCGCUGGGCAGCUUGACGGCGAGAAAGACACGUGUCUGGGCGACUCAGGAGGACCGCUGACGGUGCGAAGCGUUAACAACACGUGUAUCAGCUAUGUCGUCGGGAUCACCUCGUUCGGCCGGUACUGCGGCUUCAGGAAUUCCCCAGGCAUUUACACGAGAGUUGCCUCCUUCCUUCCGUGGAUCGAGAGGAUCGUCUGGGGCGCAAGAUAAACUUACGAUUCAGAUUAAAAAUCCUGUAUUUAUUUUUGAUAAUUAUUGUUCUUUGACAAUUUUAGUUUAAAAACAUGUCCAAAUAUGUUUGAGCUAUGUGCUCUCUAGAAUUUCCAAUUGAAAAAGAAACUUACUUGGCGUAGACAUUCUAAUUCAAUUCUCUUUUGUCCAUGACUAAAAUUUCAGCAGAGACAAUUUUAAUAAAAGUAUAACAGUGAUCUGGCAGAAGACUGCUUCAUCUUCCGAAGAUAGGCAUUUAUCCGAGUUAAAUCAUUUUUAAAUAUCACUGUCGGACAAUCAAUUAUUAAUUGCACCCUUAAUGUAGGAUCAUAUCGUUUUGCCGCAUCUAUAUUUGUAUGGCAAAGUGCAUAAUAUAUUGCUUUUAAUGAAUGUUCAGGAGGCUCGAUGGAUACAGUAUUGCGUGCAAAUAAAGUCUAUCAAUCAUA